AUCCAAGUUGUCAUCCAGGCACCAAGGUGAGUGGAUUCGACUCAUUCGUGGGGCAGGCGCGUUCCCAUGUCGCGCCUGCCCCACGUCAUAGCCCCGCGCGCCAACAAAUAAUGAGCAUCAACAUCUGCGCAAACAGCUCUCUGUACGAAAGCCAACAUCAGCUUUGUAUGCUCGCACACCAUGUUUAAGAAGAAGCCAAAUAUCAAGCCACUCUCGCCGCUCAAAUCCAGCGACCGCCGCCGGACAGCAGAUCAGAUCAUCUCAGAUUUUGCUAUCGAGGUUCCUGUGGACCCGACUGCAGAUCCUGAAGACAAGGUAGCAUCGACAGCAGGCCUCACAGCAGUGCGGAAAUCGAUUCUUCCUGAGAAUGCGCUCUCGGCACGCUUCACCACAACAGCCGGGCCAGACCUGAAGCAAGUGUCUGGCACUGUGUAUGUCGGCAGUCACGAAGGCAUGGGGGGCGAGCAAAGGAUACUAUGGGUCAAGGUGGCAGAGCAGAUGUACCCUACAGUAUACACUCUUUGGCACAACCCCAAGAUCGUACCUCUCCUAUAUACUCCGUUAUAUGUCGUCGAGAAGCUCCAGGGGGGCGCAGAUCUUAUGACACCUGGCCUGCAACGGGGUCCACCAUUCCCUAAGGCGGCGACCAAGGGUGCCGUUGUUGCUAUUGCUAGCCUGGAAGCACCUACCGUUCCCAUGGCUGUGGGAACUUGCCUGAUAGACGUAAGCUCGCUGGGAAGCACACAAGGGAUGAAAGGACAUGCUGUAGAAACGUUCCAUUGGGCAGGGGACGAGCUGUGGUCAUGGAGUACUGGCAACAAACCAGGCCGUGACCCGCCAACAUUGAUCGAGGCUUGGGAUGAGCAAGAAGAAGAUACGGAUCUUAUCGAUCAGACAGCAGCUGUCGAUUUGGACAGUGGCGGUGGCGUGACGCUCGGUACUGACCCUACCGAGCGAUCGAAAGCCGAGCAAGCACAGGGUGUAGAAGGUGAAGAUGCACCAAGCAAUCAGGACUUCAUCGAUGUCGUUGAAGACAAGGAAUUGACCACUAAUGGUGAGGGUAUCGACCGCUGGAGAACUGAACAGAUGCUGAUCCUGUUAGAAAUUGACGAUGCGUUCAAGAAUGCUUUCUUCUACGGUGUACGUCAUCAUAUGGAACAAAACAGGAAUCAAUCAGCCUUUGGUCUUGACUUUCCGCUAUCGCAAUCGGCUGUCAUGGCCCUGCUAGUCCAGCCUUUCCUCCCCACCUACACACCCGCACGAACUGCAUCGCUGCAAAUCAAGAAGUCGAGUUGGAAGAAUAUCAAGAAGUUUAUCAAGUACCUGGAUAAGCAGAAGAUUGUCAGGUGCAAAGAUCGAGACGGCAACGAAGUCAUCAUACUAGACAUCGACUUCAAGGACCGACAGAUCGAGGCGUUCGUACCAUACCGAUUACCAAAGAAGGAAGCACCUACAGUGGGAAGUGCAAGUGGCAAGCCAGCCGUCACUCCAGGUACGGAAUCAUCCGUGGGUCAGAAACUGAAGCUUGUUUCGCUGCUACGCCCUAAGGAAAAAUUGGCUCCUAUUUUCCAUGCAUCGAAGGCCGAUCCUCGCGGUCUGUAUACCCCUCAGGAGCUCAAACAGCACCUUAUCGCCUACAUCGAGUUGGAGAAUCUUGUGAACGCGAAGAACAAACGACUCAUCAACAUCAACCCACAACUUGCAGAUGUAUUACUAGGCUCUUCAGCUGCAGACAACGCUGCGCUCUCUACAGGCACGAUUGCUCGAGACGCUCUUGCUGAGCGCAUGAUCAGUGCCGCUGCACCAUUUCAUGCAAUCAUUCGCAAUGAUGCCAGUGUUGCUGAUGCAAAGCCUAAAGCUGGCGCGCCGCCCAAGAUUCAAAUCACCCUUGAGACACGAAGCGGCAACAAGACGGUGACCAAGGUUCAUGGAUUGGAACCAUUCUAUAUAGCGCCGCAGCCGCUAGCUGACGAACUGAGGAAGACCUGUGCUGGCAGCACUAGCGUUGACAAGCUCCAAGGUUCAAGUCCGAAAGCCCCUGUCAUGGAGGUACUCGUCCAGGGGCCGCAAAAGGACGCUAUCUUGAAGUCACUCGAGAAGCGAGGCGUGAACAAAAACUGGGUUGAGGUUGUCGACAAGACGAAGGGUAAAAAGAAGUAGUAUGUGAGCAUCGACUAACAGCCUAGUGCGAUGUAUAGAUACCCUAAAGCAUGCCCCAGCAGGCAUUCUACAUUUGACAUUUUCGACCACAAACUCUACGGUGUCGCAUCUCCAUAUCACUUUUAAACGGGAUUAUUGCCUAUGAGUAGAAA